AUGUCAACGUUUUCAAUCCCAACUAAAGCUUCUGUAAUAUAUGCAUCGCUUUCGAACUUGACUACUCAAGCGACAAAUAGCACAGUCUCAAGUAACAGGGAAGCAGUGCAAGAUCUCACUAUCUUGGUACCGCUGUUGCUCUGCUGCAUUGUCGUGUUUCUAAUAGGUGUGCCAGGAAACAUGAUGGUCAUCCACGUGCUUGGAAUUAAACACAGAGCUAACAGAAACAACGAUGGUGAUGUAUUCAUUGUCAGUCUUGCAGUUGCAGAUCUGCUUGCAUCAGCAACAGUUCCUCUUGUCAUUGCCCAUGAUCUCUUGUCUAAUCACACAUGGUAUCUAGGCGAGUUUCUCUGUCAUUUACUGCCAGUCCUGAACCCCGUAACAUUGGUGACAUCUUCAUGGGCCUUGGUUGUCAUCUCGGCAGAACGAUACAGGAUAAUCUCAAGACCUUUCAGUGCACGCCUCUCAAGAAAAGCCAAGGCAAUCCUCAUAGCCUCAGUCUGGAUAUUCGCUCUCGCUGUCAAUAUUCCAUUAGCUGAGCAGAUACGGUACCAUGACAUUCAACAAUGCACUGUCGACUUAUACCCCCCGGCAGAACAAAUCGCAUAUGCUUCAUUCUUCAUUGUAGCAGGGUGGUUAUUGCCGGGCGCAGUAUUAUCGACCCUGUAUUUCCACACUGCUGUUCAACUUAGGAGCAGCGAAGAGCACCAUUCCGAAACGCACGUGAUGCAGCUGCAAAUACGGAGAGAAAACAAGCGCGUUGUCAGGAUGUUUGUGAUAAUAAUAGCGCUGUUCUUCGUGUUUACAAUGCCCUUCGCCAUCUACCAGAUCACAUUUUCUUAUCUAUUUUUAUUUGAGCUGCAUGUCAUUCGGAAGAACACUUUUUUAUCGAAACUCUAUCUCAUUCUGCCAUGUAUUAGUGCAAUGAACAGUUGCUUUAAUCCACUCGUUUAUGCAAAGAUGCACAAAGAAGUCAACAGAUAUAUACGACGUACGUGCCUGAAAAUUCCCUGGAUCGGGAGAGUGCAUCAGACAAGAUGCCAGGGUAUCAUGCGAGACUCGCUUCAAAAGAGCAGUACAAAAAUGGAUAGCUUUGUCUCAGGUGUUCAAGGAAAGCCAAGUUUGGCCUAGGCGAAACUGUAGAGAGGGAAGAUAAUUAAUCUGAACUAUGUUUCAAUGCACUACUUUUCACGGAAAAAGUUUUUAGGAACAUAUGUCAUACAUAAUCUAUUCUAUAUUAAGCUACAUAAUCGAUUCUAUAUUAGGCUAUAAAUCGUACUUUUAGCACAUCUAUUUUUAAAAAACUACACGCAGUAAACUCCAAGCAGCAAAACCACAAAAGUGCUUAAGGUUAGCGCAAAAUCAGGAUUUAAAACAAAUAUUUAGUGAAGAUAGUUUUUAGCAAAGACUUUUAACAUAAAAAGGCAAUUUUUCUCUUUUCUUAAGACUUAUUUAAAAUUGUUUCGAAGAUGCGAAAAAUGGAGACAGUAUCAUGUAUCCUAAGACCCUAUGUCUAAUUAUUUAGUAUAUGUUAUAACAUUGCAUAAUCAGCUAUUAAGACUCUCUUUUUGCUAAUUGAACCAACCGUGUGCGAGCUCCUUGAAGCCACCUGAUGUCCCCGCUUUAAAGUUGCUUUCGUGAGUUUGGCGAUACAAGCUACCUAGGGGUUAUUUACAGCCAGGGGAGCGGGUACAUGCAUAAAACACAAAAUUCAACAACUAUUGUCUUUUGCUCAAUAAUGUUAGAAGCUGAUUAGCCGCAUCUGAUAACAGGAUAAUUUCAAUUUGAAACAAGCAAUUUUUCUAACCGUUAAAUAGUCAAAAAGAAACGUUUCCUGAUAAUUAUAGAACUGCAGUCAGCAUUGCUUGUCUUGUGAAAAUGUGAAGAAAAUAACUCACAAGUUUUUACUGUGUAUACUGGGGUUGUUCUUCAGUUUUGGCGAGAGAGAGAUUAGUUACGUUUGAAUAACUUAGGCCUAACUUAAACGUCGCUCUUCUCAUGCGCCGAACCGAAUACAGUGCAAUGGGACUGUAGCGCAACAUGGAAUCAGACGCCGCUCCUAACAUGUCGUAUCUUGGUCAUUUUCAAUUGAAAACCAUUCCUGCUCAUGCACUGCCUCGUUUAAGCCAAAAUAAAUUACAAUUACCUAUUCCUAAUUUAUGCAUUGAGUUCGGCCUCGAAUUUCAAGACACGUCAAAGUAUUGCUAAAGUAUAUUGACUAGCCUACUGUUUAAGCUGAAAGUAACUUGCAGCUGACACUUUGGUCUGCAACCAGUGCUCAAAAGUAUAAGGUACAAGGAAAACUGUCUAUUUGAUAUGAAUCGGUGCAUCUACAAGAUCGGAUACUUAGUGCUUAGAAAUGGGGAAAACCGGCCAAUCAAUCAAAAGGAUCGGAGCAAACUGUCCUUGCCCAAUCCCAUUAUAAAACAAUCAAAUUUACUGCCAUCUGAUGGUAAAUAGGGGAAACAAAUUAGCUUCUAGAAUAAUUAUCCUUAGAAAAAAUACCAUGAUAGUUAUAGGGACAUAGAGUGAGCUGCUGGUUGUAGUAAAGCAGAGUGGCCCAUUGUUACAAGUACUGCUUCAAUAAAAGUUGGUAAACCUUUGGCUUGAAUUAUAUAGAAGGCCGAACAUGUACUGCCAUUUGGAAUAUUUCUAAAACUGCAAACAAUCAAUAACAAGAAAGUGAUCUGCCUCAAUUUGAUUUGCUGUGUAUGACUAUUCAAACCACAGUCACACCUCUCACAGUGACUCAACAAUCAAUCAGCUGCUUGCUAUGUCUCAUGAAAUAUACAGCGCCUUUGACUGUAAUCCUUCCCUAGACGUGAGAUCAGUUUAUCUUGAUAGAUCCAAAGCGUUUGACGGGUCUGGCAUUCAGGCUUGAUUUUUUAGCGUCGUAGGUGUUGAAUUAAGGGAAACAUACUUAAUGUCAUUAUCUGUUUUUACAGCGAUUGACAGCAAAGAAUAGUUAUCAAUGAUAAAUGCUCUUAUUCGAAAAAAUACAGAUGCUGAAGUGCCUCAAGGAUCCAUCAUUGGUAUCCUGCUUUUCUUGGGUCCGUUUAUACUAAUGACCUUCCGGAAGGUUUGAAGACAAAGUUUCGAACUCCUGCCGAUGAUACAUAACUGUUCUUUGUUUUCACCGAUCUUCACUCUAUUCCGAACGACCUUAAUCACGAUCUUCAUUUGUUAAAAAAUUGGGUAUUCCAAUGGAAGAUGACUCCUUAUUAUGACGUUAAAAAUCAUCCUCCAAUUCAGUUUUAAGAGUCACCAGUAACUACUGUUGAUGCACAUAAGCAUCUCGGUCUAAUCCUGUAGAGAUGAUUAUCGUUCUCAACACAUUGAAAGGAUAAUCUUACAAAAGCAAACAGAGCUAUUGGGAUGAUCAAGUACUUUUCAAAGUACCUGCCUCGUCCCUCCUCAGCUCAAAAUUACAAGUUACAUGUCUGACCUCAUUUUCAAUACUGCGAUGUUAUUUAUCAUCUCUACCACCUUCCAAUAAUUCAUAUACUCUUAACGAUAAUUAUAACUGCGUUAUGAAUCGCCUUGAAUCUAUGCAAUAUUAUGGUGCCUUAGCUAUAACCAGAAUGUGGAAGGGCAUAUCACGUGAGAAAAUUUAUAGCGAACUAGGCUAGAAAUCGCUUUCUAACAGGAGGUGGUACCGAAGACUCUUCUUCUUCAAAUUGCUAAGGGCCUUGCCGCAACUCGAGGAAAGGCAGCUAAAAUAUGAUUUAAGGGCCUGUUUAUAUAAGCAAAAUUAUCCCACCUUCCAGCCUAUGGGCUAGGAGGUGAGAUCCAACCUUCCUAUACAAAGCUUUGUAAUUUCGAUCUUAUGUUUACAUGGGAAACGAUUUAUCCGGGGCAAGUGAGAUCCUGUUCUCAGCCUGCCGGACCUCACCUGUUGGCAUCAAAUUUUUCACAUA